GAAGGAGGACUUUAUGUACAAUUUGAUGUAAUGUUUCCUCUGAGGUCUGUGAGAUGCCGGAUAGGUUCCCGAUAUAAGCGCCUGGCGCUUAAUAGUAGUCGCUCCUACUCGGCACGCGGCAUAGAAUAUCUUCAUCAAAGUGAUCCCGAUCUUACUCCAUCCCAGCAGGAGGUACGAUCAGCCAUCUCCAAGAUCUGUGCUGAUUUCCCCGACUCGUACUGGCAUGAACGAGACAGGACGGCUACCUUUCCCCACGAGCUCCACGCGGCGCUUGCCCGGGAUGGAUGGCUGGGAAUCUGUCUCCCUGAAGAAUAUGGAGGCUCAGCACUAGGCAUAAAGGAAGCAUCCACGAUGAUGCAGACUAUUGCCGAAGCCGGUGGCGGUAUGAGCGCAGCUAGUGCCAUCCACAUCAACAUUUUUGGCUUGGAGCCCGUGGCGAAAUUUGGCACCAGAGAGCAAAAGGAGCGACACUUGAGGCCGCUGAUAGAUGGAAAAGAAAAGGCCUGUUUUGCUGUAACAGAACCGAAUGUUGGUCUAGACACGUUAAAGAUGAAGAGCGUGGCCAAGAGAGACGGCGACUAUUACUAUCUGUCUGGCCAAAAGACGUGGAUCACGACAGCACAACACGCCGAGAAGAUACUGAUCCUGGUUCGUACUACACCCGUGGAGCAAGUAAAAAGUCCUUCUGAAGGGCUUUCCUUAUUCUACACGCCACUGGACCGCUCACAAGUGGAUGUCAAGGAGAUUGGCAAGAUGGGCAGAUCUGCAGUCGAUUCCAAUGACGUCUACUUUGACGGAUGGAAAGUGCCAGUCAGUGAUCGCAUCGGGGAGGAAGGAAAGGGUUUCAAGGCUAUUCUACACGGGAUGAAUGCGGAGCGAAUCCUCAUCGGAGCAGAGGCCGUGGGAUUAGGUUUCGCCGCGUUGCGCAAAGCAGCGAUUUAUGCUGGAGAGCGCGUUGUCUUUGGACGUCCCAUAGGGCAGAAUCAAGCUAUCCAGCAUCCUUUAGCUGACUCAUGGUUGCAGCUGGAAGCAGCGCGCCUGAUGCUUGCCCAAGCGGCCAAAAUGUACGAUGACGGAUACACUGGCGGUGAAUACGCCAAUGGUGGCAAGUAUCUCGCUGCCGAGGCCGCCUACACCGCAUGUGAACGAGCCAUCAUGGCACAUGGAGGCAUGGGCUACGCAAAGGAAUUCGUGGUGGAGAGGUUCAUGCGCGAGGUCUUUGUACCGAGGAUUGCUCCUAUCAGCAAGGAAAUGAUACUGAAUUAUAUUGGGCAGCGAAUGCUGGGUUUACCGCGCAGCUAUUAGCCACGUCCAUCGCAUACUAAGAAGAAGAAAAGUACAGCAUUAUAUACAAAGCGUAGAUAAUCUAUAUAUACAAAUACAUACGUAAAAUUGAUGAGCUUUUUCUUUGGGGAAAAGUUCCUUAGUGCUCUCCCAGAGCACG